AUGGCCUCGAAAAGCGCCGAUGGCGCUGUGGUCGAAAGGCAGGUUGGCACGGUGUCACCGCUAGAUAAGAAGCCGACCCCGCAAACCGCAUUCUACCUGACUGAACAGGACCCUGAAGAGUUGAAACUGCUGGAGAAGCAAGUUCGAUGGAAGACAGACUUACGUCUUUGUAGCAUUGCCGGCAUUCUGUGCAGUCUCAACUUACUCGACUCGGGUAUUCUCUCGUCUGCAUCGGUGACUAGUAUGCCCAGCGACUUAGAUCUGCAUGGAAACCGCUACUCCGUCUCAAUUUUCAUAUUCACAGUUGCGAGCAUCGUCUGCCAAUUGCCGUCUACUCUCGCAGUUCGUUGGGUUGGUCCCAGAGUCUGGUUCGCCGCGAUCACUUUCAUAUUCGGCCUAAUCACGUUAUGUACCGCCUUUAUUCAUACUUGGCGGCAGAUGAUUGCGCUGCGAGUGUUGCUAGGAAUAGCCAUGUCAGGGAUCUACCCUGGCUUGACUUAUCUCAUUAGCACUUGGUACCCACGACGGGAACAGCAGGUCCGGUUCGCGGUUCUCCAGUCGGGGGAGGUGAUCGGGCUUGCGACAGGGUAUAUCGUGAACUAUGGCCUGAACCUGCUGGAUGGGAAAGCAGGCAUGCAAGGCUGGCGCUGGAUGUACCUUGUUCAGGGCUUGAUCAGUUGCGUCAUUGGGAUUCUCACAUAUUGGUGGAUGGUGGACUUCCCGGAGAACGCUCACCGUAGCUUUCACUUCCUGAGCGAAGCAGAGGCACGUGUGGCUGCACAGCAUCAGCGGAUUCGAGCUGACCGUGAUGAUAUAAUGCCUGAUGCUUUCUCGUGGAGCAAAGCUUUGGCCCCUUUCGCCGAUUUGAAGCUGUAUGGCUUUGCCUGCAUGUACUUCUUAUUGAAUCUUGUCUCAACGGCGCUGAACUACUUUUUGCCUAUCAUUCUCGAAUCAGGCAUGGGCUUCUCAGGCAAUGACUCUAUCCUUCUCUCAACACCGCCCUACUAUUGGUCCGUACUUCCAGUCCUUUUCACGUCGUUUGUGGGCGAUUCUUAUCGCAUCCGGGGUCCGCUCAUCACGUUCAACGCCCUCUGCCUGAUAGCCGGAUUUCUUAUGUUUGGUCUACCGUCCUCAACGCAGGUUACUGUUCGGUAUAUUGGGACCUUUCUCGCUACCGGGGCAUAUGUCUCCAACUGGGCGGCUCUGAACGCAUUCAUGGCCAACAACGUCGUGGGACAGUGGAAUCGCGCCUCCACUGCAGCCGCCGUAUCGGCGUUUAAUGGCCUGGGUGGUGUGGCGGGCAGUUAUAUUGUGCGACAGCAGGAAGCACCACGCUAUCAAACCGCGGUAUGGGUAUCUAUUGGCUCCCAUGUCCUCAUGAUUGUUCUCGUGGGUGUCUUCACACUAUCUUUCUACUCGCUGAACAGACAGCUGAAGAAAGGAAAAGUUCUCCAGAACAUGGCUGGAUUCCAAUAUACAUAUUAGCAUAUAGAUUUUGGAUCAAUCGAAAUAGAGCAUAGGUUUCAUAUCGAGCUGGUCCAAGAGAGUGUAUAUCAAACCUCACUCGGAAUGGACCCCAAUGCAAAUCUAUCCGAAGGCCGACUUGAAUCCCCAGGAGAUAGCCUGGUUUGACUUUCCAGGGUGGACAGGCUCUGGCCGUGGUCGCGAGCGCUGCCCCCUUUACGGGAAGAUCCGUCCUCGCUUUCAACCAUGGCACGUCUGCUCGUGACCUUCUCAGAAGCACGAGUUCCGACUGACUUUUUGCUAAAAAGUUUCCGGGGUAGGAACCGGACUAUUAAAGGCCAAGUUGGGGGCAGGCAGGCGGCUAUGAUGAUAAGGGCUCCUUCGAGAAUAGUCCAGAUCCCAAGAUCGGUCGAUGUCCCUACACAAACGCAGUCGAGUCAGUAUGGAAGGUUGGAUUAGACCUCUGUGGUGGACAUACAUGUAGGAUCAACUGUCGC